GAGCUAUGGCCGUAAUUUUUUGCCAUACCGUACCAGAUAUCGUUCAUUUUUUAGCGGUUCGUCUUUCGUAUUCAGCCGGUAAACAGCCGGUCGUGAGAGCGGAAUUCGUUAACAAAAUGAUGGAACUGAAGUGAGCCACAGACGACGCAGCGACGCACGGCAGCGGUAAUUCGGCACGGCAUGGCACGGUUCAAUUCAGUUCAGUGGCUCGAUUUCUGUACGGAGAGCACGACGCGUUGAUGCAGUGUUGUGACGUACCAGUAUUUAAAAAUAAACACAGAAUUAAUCUGUAUUUAUGCACAAUACCGUACAAACAAUGUCGGAAAAGAAAAAAUAUACAACUUACGAUAGGGAAGUAAAUAAAAGAUUGUUGAUCACCCUGAUAAAACAGAGGCCAGUGUUGUGGGACAGAGAUCUGGAAAUUUACAAAGACAGAACUGCCAGAGCGGAAGCGUGGCGAGAAAUAUAUCCGAUUCUAUACAAGAAAUACGCGAGUAUGGAUGAAAAUGAAAAAAUCCUUUUUGGGAGAUAUGUGACACACAGAUGGACACGAAUAAGAGACGCCUGGUUAAGAAGUUACAAGAAACCAAACGCAACGACAUACAAAUUCGAUCGUGAAAUGAGUUUUCUGAAGAGAUUUGUUGAUAGGAACUCUGUAGGUACCUCCGAGGACGCAAACAUGAGCGCCAACAUCAAAGAAGAAGAAGACAUCGAGUCUGAAUCAGAGGUUAAUUUCGAAAAUUACGAUUUCGAUGAAAACCAUAGCAACGUUGAAAUGGAACCUGAGAAAGUUAUGUGCAUCGUGGACUCCUCCAAGGAGGCAGAGAACGCUGAUCGUCACUUAUCUUUCUUCAAGGGCAUUCUACCGUCACUGACUGCCUUCGAUGACGAUCAAACAUUGGAGUUCCAGUCCGGCGUCAUUAACCUUAUACAGUCUAUCAAAAGGAAUCGCAAUUGGUAGUCAUCAUUUAUAUACCAAUAAGCACCGUCACAAGAAACGAUAUUUUUUACCUAAGAGUUGGUAGAAAAAUCAAUGCCGAUUACAGACAAUUGACAUGUAAAAAGGCGCAGUGCGAUGAAACUCUAACAAUAGUUAGAUAAUAUUAUUAUGGUGACAAAACUAGUGAGACUGCAUUGGUAUAAUAAAAACUAGACCACAGAACACAAAAAGAGAUUAGAAGGGUGAUUAUAGACCGUUUAUACGGGAACCGAUGUCGCCGGCUCGCUUCCACUACACUUUCAUCUGAUAGAUGAAUAGCCAAUGAAAUGUUGUGACAUCAAACAAUCGAACCAAUCAGCGCUCACACCCGAGAACAACGACGCAAUCAGAACCAAGUUUUGGUCAAGUUACGAGCAUUUGCUCACACAUUACUGUGGCGCGCCUGCCCCGUUCAUAAGGCCCUUCUAACCUCUUUUUGUGUUCUGUGGACUAAACCCAUAGAAAUACCUAAAUAAUUGAUCUGAUUAGACCCAACAAGUGAUGGUAUUUCAGUGGGGAUAGAUAUAAUUACAGGUUGCAAAUGAGACAUCAUGUAACCCCACUAAUGGCCAUGACCUACCACGCGGGCCCAGUGCGGAUUGGUUGGUGCUAACGACUGCUGAUGAAGUGGAGCUCGAGAAUAAAUUUUUGGUCGCUCGAGAACAAAUUUAUGGUCACCCAUACGAAGACUGGCAAAGGCCAGAUGGCGAAAGUUGCUUAACUUCGAUUGUAGAAUGCUGUAACCAUUUGCGUCAUCGAGUUCCUUGAGCAAAUGCGUGCAAGUAAGUCUCAUAUUUUGAUUUGUACUGCUUUUAUAAGGCGUCUAAUAAGCGCGUCAUUAUCGGUCGAUAAUAUCGGAUGCGUUAUAGCGAUUUAUGUUUUUAGUACGUUAUGUAGAUAUAAGGGCGGCUACGAAGUUACACACUGCUGCGAUAAUAACAACGCAAUAAAAGUAUGACGAAAUAUCGCAAUAACGCAUUUGAUAUUAUCGAACGAUAUAACGGGCUUGAUUCAAUCCAUUGAUAAUAUAUAAAAACAUUGUUUUUUUUUGGUAAAACCUCUAAAAAUGUGCAUUACGUGAUCGCGUGAUCGUACGUGUUUUUGUGCAGUAAAAAGAUUAUAAUAUGUGAUUGAACUCGUAAUUGGUACAUAAUCAAUUCACACGUUAUUUUGUUAUGAAAAUGUUGCGAUGAGCAAUAAAAGACAUGAAAAAAUAUGUAAUUUGUUUUGUAUUUCUAACAUAUUGUUAUAACUUUAUACACUAAGUCAUCUUUAUUUACAUGAGCAUUUUUGCUACACAAUAUUACAAUUAAAAUAAUUUUCUCUCUUUAUAUUAAAUUUUACAUACAUAUUCCUCUUCGACAUAUUCAUUAGGCAAAGUGACGAAAACAAUCAGUACGAAAGCUUUUAUAUUAAUCAUAUAUUUUAUUAAAAACAUACUGCUUUUUUUAGAUAAGGCGUAUAAAAACUAUACAAAAAUUACCAUUUUAUGGAGCGGGAUUUUUUGAGGUACUCGUGUGAAAAUAUACAUUUUUUUCUGGUGAAAAUGCACUUAAAUGUAUAAGUUAAACUUAAAAAAAUAUUAGCGCAUUUCACUUUUAUACAUCUAUCACCUUUACAUUUUAAUUUAGUUAUGGAACCAUGAAGCCUAGACCUGGCUAGGCAGUAACAAGAAGUUGUUGACAUUUUUGAGAGAUCAAAUCAUGUGAUUAGAUAAACAUUAUAACGUAAGUUAUAUUAUCCCGAAAUUAGUUUAAAAUAAAUAUCAUAACAUGUAUAGGUACUAGAAAAAAAAAUACGAACAGUAUAUCGAUAUUGUGAGCUGUUUUUACUGUAAUUUUGAGAUCCAUAUAAAAAUAGUGAAAUUGUUUAUAUUUUGUAUUACAGUUCAGUAAUUGAAUGUACCUAUUGUAAAGUAUAGUCCGGGUUGAAAUUAUUUAACUGUACAAAAUGAAUUUGAAGCUUUUUUUGCUUUUGCAUAAAUAAUUGUUUUUUGUUUGGUUUAAAAUGUGUAAAAUCCCUCUGAGAUUUGAAGAACAUGGUUUGUUAUUUUUAUGAUCUGCACAGGUGUUUAAAAUUAUCUUUAAAUUUGUUUUAAGUUUGUACCUCAAGCACGAUAGCUAACGAAAAGCAUUCGUGUCGCCAUGGCAAAGUUUCUAUGAAAAAAAGCCAGUUUGUUCUUACAUCCAGUAGGAGGCACUGCCUAGUUUCUAUAGAAACGACGUUGACGUUGGCGAUACGAAUACGAAUUUGUCUAAAUAUGUGCUUGGGGUACAGUAAUAUUUACUAGACUUAUUGCACAAAAUAGGGCCCUUCAUCUCACAUGAUAUUAGGCCACCUGCCAACUAAAUAUAAAAUGGUUCCACUCGUUUGUUAAAAUUUAUUUGUAAAAAAAAUAUCAUCUUUUAAAAUUUUGAUCAUUUUCAUUAUUUUGGCUAUGUGUACAGUACUUACUACUGUUCAAAUUAUCAAUUUUAUCAUUAUAUUAAUUAAUAAGCAAGCUCGAUCAAAUAGUAUGUCUGUUACAAUCAAUGAUUCCAAACAAUGUUGCGAAUGUUUCGACCAACAGCAAAGAGUGCAACAUAACCUUAUUAACAACAAUGUUAAAAUACGACCUCGUUUCUGUUCAUAUUCGACAGAGACUGCAAUUUAUAAUGUAUAGAUGUAUAUUAAAAUUCAUCAUUAUUCAAUAUUGUUCAUUUAGUCUAAACUGUUACAAGCACUUGACAGUUAAAAAGGUGCCUAAUCGGUUUAAAUCUACGACCUCCCGGCCGGAUCUUGUAUUGAGAAAAACCGCAAAGAAACUCAGCAACGUAACAGUCAUAUUAAUAUAAAAAGCAAAAAAACGUAUUUAUACACUUUGUAACACGACUUCAAAGGCUGUGUCUGAUUAUAUUACAGAUGAUAUUAUGAUAUGAUAUUAUUAUAUAUAUAUGAUAUUAUGUCAAGUGCUAGUUGACAAUGUUGUUGCAUCACUCAGGAUAACUAAACACAUAUUCGGUCCGGCAGUAUUAGUCAAACAACAAAACCGACCCGUAGUAAUUACUGCCGAACAUUCAUCUACAUAUAUUCGAUUUUACCGGCCGGCUGUGCUAAUUAAUGCCGACCAGCUUGUGUGUAGCUACCCUCAGGAAACACACUCAUCUUUCCAAUAUAAGUGCAGUCAAUGACGAUUUCAACACUGAAAACUUAAUUGUUUUUACAGAUAUAACUUACAAUCGUUGCACAGAAACCAAAGUGUAUAAACUGUUGGGCUUAGUGACGUAAUUAAUAAGCUAAGCACUUCACAUGGGUAUUCGUAUUUGCUAUUUGACAUCAGUAUAUCCUUAUCAUGUUCUUUAUGGAAUGAAAAGGAGAGGAGAUCCAUAUGAAGUGCCAACAAAAACACUUAAAGUUGGAGGAGGCUAUCUCCGAAUAUUCACGAGAAGUUGCCAUAAGAUUAAUUUGCUGAAAACCGAACUUGCCAUUUCACAACUUACUGAGCGAGACACGAUAAUAAAGGGCUAAGCGAGCACUGCUUCUCUGUCAAUGUAGCUGUAUGUAUUAAAGUUUAUUAGUUCAGACAUUAUAUACUAGUAUAUCUGAAAUUACAACAUAAAAGGAUAGACAACAUAAAGAUAUACAUACGCUUUAUAAAAAUUAUAACAUCAAUCGUAAUUCACGAGUGGUGAAAAGUAAAAAUAACAUAAAAUGAAUUUUAAUGUACGUACUUAGUACUUAGGUAAUUAAACAGCAGUGCGUGCUUUACCCGACCAUGAAGAUGUUAACAAAGCUGCGAAACUUAACAAUGCACAAACAGAGAGCUUCAUUUAUAUUUAUAUACCCUCAUAAUAAUUACAAAAUUUAGUUUAUGGACAAAUAAGAAAUUUUAACGUGGAUGUCAAUAUUUGCGGUUAAAAUUUAAUAUUUGCAUUACAACGUUGCAACCAGCCAAGCUAAAGAAUAUUUUAUCAUAAUCUUUUAGCUAAAAACCCAUACCACAAUGCCACAAUAUUUUACUUAAUAAUGGUAUGACUAUUGUCAAUCUUAAAAGUCUUAAUUAUAAAUUACUUAACCUUAGCUUGACUGAUAGGAGCUUUGCAUUUAAUUUAAAUCCUGCUUAGGCACACUGUGAGGACGUCCACACGGCCCGUGCCACUUCAAGAAACCAGUUGCUGGCGUCUCCUUACGUCUCAUAUUCUCCUGGUACUUUGAUAUUAAACUAUAUUUUAUAAACAUUAAAUAAGUACAAUUAUAAAAUUCUUUGACUAUACUCACCUAACUAAACGUGAAUGAUAGGUAUACUAAAUAUUACAGAAACCUAAGAUACUUAUUAAUUAAUAAUUCUUCAUGUAUACCUAAUCAAUAUUGUGCAUACUAUGCACUUAAUGGAAUGGGGCUAACCUCAACAAGUUAAAAUCCCAUAAGAUUACUGACGACGUUACUAAUGGUUAAAUAAGUUAUAAUUAAUUUAUCCCUUAACAAACGCAGGAUUUCCACAUUAAACAAUUUCGAAACCACACUCAGAGAUAUCUUUAGCUUAUCAAGAUAUUUUAAUAUUAGGAUUUUUUCAUAUUUAUUUAUUUAUCCAUUGUCAAACAUGUUUGACUAGCCAUGCCACGAAAUUGAUUCUCUUUUUUAAGAAUAAUAAUUAAUAGUAAUCUAUUGGCCCUGUUGGAUUAAAAUAUGAGUUAACAUUGAAUUGAUAAAUGGAAAGAGAAUGAGACAAUCGCCUUCUGACCUCUGGUUUCUUGACGCUUGAUGCCAACUAUCACAUAUGAUGUCCGAAUUAAUAUUGCAUUUACACUUAUAAGCCACAUUUUUUAUACACAAUUUCACUUUUAACCAUUAUUGACUUUUAUAACACAUACUGUUAGAAAUUGACAACACCUAUGUAUAUAGACGAUUUUGUACAGAGUUCACUACAGUAGGUAUCUGCAGUCAUCACAGAUAAUAUAGAAAAAAUAAACUUUCAUCUUGUUAGUCUAUACAUAACAAGUACACUUUUAGCCCUACCCUACGAUUCACCAGUAUAACUGAUUAUGUGACUGAAAACUGUAUCUGUUAAUUACUUACAAUCUUAGAAGUCGCUAAAAAGAACUACAGCAAAUACCCUUUUGUUUUUCACUAUGAAACAUGAUAUUCAUUAGUAGGACGUCGAAAAACCGAAUCCGCUCCAAAAUGAGGUUUUUGACUAAAUUUUGCUCCCUAAAAUUACUAACAAUAAAUAAAAAUUAAAUAAUGGAUUUACAUUCACUUCGAUAACUAUUAAAUUAUUGUAUGCGAUCACAAUGGACUACGGUAUAAAUAGAAAAAUACAACGGUCUACACACCAGCGGUGAUGUUGCACUGCGAAAGUCCACCGCCACAUUCGCCACUUCACCGCAUUUCAAAAAUAUUGCAUUCAAAAUAGUUACGCGACCUUAAUAUAAGACGUGCGUCAAAAACUCUGUCGCAUUCACUCCCUAGCACGUCGCGCCGAGGAAAAAAGAAAUACUGCGCUACUGUUUGAACACAGAAACGUCACUCGCACCGAAUUUAUUGCUAACAGAAUACUUUGGCAGUAUUUUAUCUUCGAAAGAAGCAUAAUGUUGACUGAGCCGGUUUUCACAUAAUCUCCGUACGAGAGCACACCCAGAAUGCUGCAAGAAUUAGGUCUGUAAUAUAACGGAUUAUUCUUUGAAAGUUCUUAAAUUUAGGAACGCCGAAACGUCAGUGUCCACAUGUCCAAGAGUAUAGCCACCACUGACGAUAUUUUGUGAGAUAUUUAUAAUUAAUAAUAGUUCGGACAAUGCCUCGAAUCACCUGGACAAGAAGAAUCGAACAAUGCAAGUUUUCUAUUCCGAUAAUAAAACUAGCUAGAUAGACUUGCAACGGGAUUUUGCAGUAACAAAGUCCGAGAUCCCGAAAAAUUUCUCUCAGAUUCUUCCAAGAUGCUUCCUAGGAUUGGUUGAUAUUGCGGGGUUCAAUAUGCCCGUUUUCCGUGUUGGAGUGCCAGGCGUCCAUAAACUUCAAUAGGUGCAUGUGAGGGCGAACGCACCUAUCUCCUGGACAAUUCGCGGAUAAUUCAGCUACAGAUUGGUUAAAUUUUAAAGUUGGUUCCCUGUUCCCGAGUCGGAGUACCAGACACCUAUAAUAUGCUAGUACAUGAUGCAUCUAUCUUCGGAACAAAAACGCCAAGAGCCGGUUCGGAUGUUUCUUCCAUACUGCUGAGAAUUAAUUAUGCGCCCGUUUUCCGUGUGAGAGUACCAGGCGUCCAUAGUUCCCAGCAGGUGGUAGCAUCUCGCGGUCGGAGUGAAAGCUUUAGUAAGUGCAUGUAAUCUAUCUGCUUGCCACGAACCCCUGCGUCACUUCAGUGGGUGCAUAUGAGAGCGCGGGCACCUGUCUUCGGGCCACAAACGCGCGCUUGUUCUCUGUGCGCGAGUACCAGGCGUCUAUAAACCUCAGCGGAUAGCAGUGCGGGCGAGGGCACCUAUCUUCUGGCUACAAACACCCACUUGUUCCCCGUGAGCGAGUACCAGGCGUCCAUAGUCCCCAGCCCCCGGUGGCGGCAUCUCGCAGGCGGGCUGGAAGCUUCAGUAGGUCACGAACGCCCAUAUGAGCCCCGUCCGCGAGUACCAGGUCUCCAUAAGCUUCAAUAGGUGGUGUGGUCAAUCUUCUGGCUACGAACGCGCGCUUGUUCCCCGUGCGCGAGUACCAGGCGUCCAUAGUCCCCAGCAGGUGGCUGCAUUUCGCGGGCGGGGUGGAAGCUUCAGUAGGUCAGGAAACACUCGUGUGUUCCCCGUCCGCGAGUACCAGCUUCAAUAGGUGGUCUGGUCUGGCUCUAUCUUCUGGCUACGAACGCGUGCUUGUUACCCCGUCCGCGGGUAACAGGUCUCCAUUAGCUUCAAUAGGUGGUCUGGUCUAUCUCCUGGCUACGAACGCGCGCUUGUUCCCCGUGCGCGAGUACCAGGCGUCCAUAGAGUGCAGCAGGCGGUGCGUUGGGCGGGCGGCGGCGGGGGCGAGGGCGGGGGCUGGGCAUCACGCGGGCGGGGAGGGCGCGCGGGCGGGGAGCGUGGGGGCGGCGCUCACCACCACCACGGGCUUCACAAUGGUGGUGGCGCUCAGGUACUGCGCGCUCACUGUUAGGGGUUGUACGUUGCCUUUCACCAUUUGCGUUUCUACC